UCCUCGAACGGCAGUCGCGGUUGUAGUCGGUCGCGCCGCUGCCAUAGUAUCACAGCCGCAUUUAGUCGCUUUCAAUUCUGGCUUCGGCAAUACCGUCGUAUCGUCUGCGUUUGACGGUGGUGUAGCAUCGGUGUCGGUGUCGUCACCGCGUUUUGUUUUCAUCCGAACACUGUCACCUUCACCGAUCAUCCGCGCCGUCUCGAUUACACCACUUUUCCUUUUAUUUUUCGGACGUCGGUCGCUCCUUGAACCGAAGAGGGAAACCGGCUUUACAGUGCUCCGGUUCUACCCCGUUCGUCAAACGUCAAAACAAUCGAUUAAUCCCGUUUUAUUUUCAUCUUCGACCGGGAAAACACGACAUCUAUACGGAGCUGGUGCGUGACGUCAGAAAGAAAGUAAGACAUCACAUGUGAGUGAACGAAGCAUCACACAAUCGACUGAUAACCUAUCAACUGCCCACCGAAUACCUCAAAAAAUGACCGAAAGGGAUAGCUAUAUGAUGUCUGACAAAGUCAGUAACAAUAACAAGCCUCACAUCGAAGCCCCGGAAGAGCUCAACCCCUUGCAAAAUGGCGUCAAGGAAACCAGCGAUUCCGCGGACGAACAAACCGCCCUGACAACAUACGACGACCACAACAACCACCAGAAACAGACGCACCAACUUAACGGUGAUCUAACGAACGAAUCCAUUGAUAUAGAAGACGGUGAUAGCGAUACCGAAUGCGGGUGGGGCGUCUGUUCACCAAAAUGGUCCAAUAUGUUCGCGUCGAAGCAAGCGUUUCUCGCGGUAUUUUGCGUGGGGUGGGUAUUGCAAGGGAUGUAUCACACGUACCUCGUGAGUGCGAUCACCACUAUAGAAAAACUCUUUCAAAUACAAUCGAAAAUCACAGGGAUUAUAAUGAGCGCGACCGAAAUAGGGGAGAUUGGGUCCUGUUUGCUCCUCACCUAUUACGGAGGGCAAGGACAUAGGCCUAAGUGGAUCGCUUGGGGUAUGGUCCUUUUCGCUGUAUCGUCUUUCACCUGUUCCCUACCUCAUUUUAUAUACGGUAAACAACUAAUUACGGCGAACGAUCUGACUGGGAUUAUUCGGGAGCCGAACAUUUGCAAAGCACCGAAUGGGAAUUCGACGGAUUAUUUUCGAAAUAUUUUCAAUGCCACGGAAUACUCGGAGCAGAUGCCGGAUAUAAUACAAACGUGUUACGAAGAUGUGGUGCCCAGUCACCAAAUUCAUCCGAGUGUGACCAACAUCGUCCUUGCGAUAUUUUUCAUAAGUUUAUUGGGAGUCGGGCUCGGGCAAACUUCUGUUUACACAUUGGGAAUUCCCUACAUCGAUGACAACGUCGCCAGUAAAGAAUCUCCGUUGUAUUUCGCAAUCACAAUCGGAGUUCGAAUAUUGGGUCCAGCGUUCGGAUUCAUAGUGGGAUCUCUUUGUACUAGCGUCUAUGCCGAUCUAUCUGUCGAUCCCAAAAUCGAUUCUUCAGACCCAAGAUGGGUGGGCGCGUGGUGGUUAGGUUUAGUUAUCAUCUCAGGGUUGCUUAUACUAGCUUCGAUAGCGAUGUUCGCUUUCCCAAAAAGACUUCCGAAAGCUAAGCCAAUACACCGAAUUAGAAAGAUAGAAAGCGCGGACAAGAAACAACAUCCUAGUAUAAGAGAUUUUCCUAAGACUGUCAAAAGACUUUUGAAAAACGAUAUUCUGAUGUUUAGAACCGCAAGUAGCGUUUUACAUAUACUUCCAAUAGCGGGCUUGUAUACAUUUUUACCUAAAUACUUGGAAUCUCAAUUCAGACUGCCCACGCCGACAGCUAACAUGAUUUCAGGUGUUGGCGGGAUUCUGGUCAUGGGUGUAGGCAUCAUUCUAAGUGGAAUUUUCAUUUUAAGAGUCAAACCAAACGCACGCUUUGUCGCGGGCUGGAUUGCAUUUACCGCCAUCGUUUAUUCGUUGGGGAUGGGUCUCUUAAUGUUUAUCGGUUGUCCUACGAAUGACGUAGCCGGAUUACAACAAACGGAAGGGUUCGAUCCCGUGCUGCUAAAUAGCUGCAACAAAACCAGCUGCAAUUGCAACAAAGACAAAUUUCAACCGAUAUGCGGGCAAGACGGCAAAACGUAUUUAUCUCCGUGUCAUGCUGGUUGCCAGAAUUAUACGAAAAGAGACGGCAAAAUCAUCGAAUAUUCCGAAUGUAUGUGCUUGGAGAAGUUAAAUGUGACGUUCGAAGACGACGAGGAGUGGGGCAAAGCGACAAUCGGAUACUGCGACCUGGAAUGUUCCAAUUUUAUUUUAUACAUCGUGUUAUUUUCCGUAUUUGUUUUUAUUCAUUCGACAUCGGAAGUGGGAUCUAUGCUGCUGAUUUUACGAUGCGUCGAUCCUGUAGACAAAGCGAUGGCUUUAGGGCUAAUUCAGUUCGCGAUCGGAUUAUUUGGGAACGUUCCUUGUCCCAUAAUUUAUGGGGCUGUGGUGGAUUCCGCAUGCCUAAUAUGGAAAAUGGCUUGCGGAGAGAAAGGAGCUUGUGGGCUAUACGAUGCCUACACUUUUAGGAUGUUCUACCACGGUACAACGGGAGCUCUGCUUUUGUGCGCGUUCCUGGUGGAUCUGAUAGUGUGGUAUAAAGCUACCGAGAUUAGAUUUGUGGACGACCAAACACCUGGAUGAGAGCCGUUUACUAAACGAGCCCGCUUCUGCUUUUCUUUAUUAAACAGUACCUAACUGAGUUUUACUUUAGGUGUUACGAAUAUUCUGCAUUUUAGCUGAGGUUAUAUAAUUGAGUCGUAGGACGCUCAAUUCUUUCUUUGACUGAAAUUAAUCGAUGUUUUUUGGGACUAGACGAUCCAAUCGAUGUUUUUACCGUAGAACUCCGAUAAUUCACAAAUCUCGAAUUAUUGAAGUAACGAAAAAUUAUCAUUUUUCUCUAAUGUAAUUUAUUUGUAGGUCCUUUAUUUUAGAAAUUAAGCGGUAAAUGUAAUUAUCGGGAUUUUACUGUAUCAUUAAAUUCCUUGUAGUAGGUCAUUUCAGGGAAAGUCCGAUUUCGGCUGCCUUAUUUAGAUAAUUCUUUUAAUUCUAAUUUUUAAUGACGUAAUUGUUAAUGAAAGAAUUUAACACCACUACAGUGUGGAUGACAAAAAUUGAACAUUUUGAAAACACUAUAUGAACUGUGAUAUUUAAAUAUAUUUGUUACGCACCUUUCGAAAAUGUUUGUAAACAAUAAUUCCAAGGUAUUGUUGUACAAGGUUAGGAUCAAUUAUUGUCUCGUAUAAUCAAAACGAUAAAAAAUGAGUGAAUUUUAAUUGCCAUAUUAAUGAAGUAAGGGAAAAAAUUUAUCCUAACUGAUGAAUAUUAUCAAAUUUCUCUUGUAAUUAUCUCUAAGCAAAUGUGUGUAGUUAAUCGAUUGUAUGUAGAGAAUUAGAUCCCUCUGUACAUAUUUAGGGUUUUUUUUAUAGACUCUCUGUUAGACAUGUUACAUAAAUGGUUAUUGAUUUAAACAUUAACACAAUUAGUUACCAUUUAGAUAUACCGUAAUAUACAGCAGAUUCAUUUUUCGAAAAAUAACGUUGUGCCAUGUAUUGAGUUUGUAGAUACGAUAUAAAUGAAUAUACCUCAUUUUCCAUAUUAUGGUGCUCAACAGUUUAUACUUUUAUAUUAACAUUUAUAACUUUUCGUCACCCUUUUUUA